UAAAAAUGAGUCCCUUUGGUAUCCUUUGCUUUAUGUUGAUUACAUUUUUAAUUCAGACAAUCUGAUGUAACUUGGUCUCAUUAAAAUUCUCUGGUCACUCAUUAUAGUCAGAGAAAGCAUUAGAUAUUCCUGAAAAGGCUGAAUGUGGAGCAGUGUGCUCGUUUACAGAGCCGGCUGUUCAGCUGUCGGUCUGUGUGGUGAGCAGAGAUGGAGUUGUGGAUGCUGGAUGUUGCACUCCAGAGUCACAGAGAUUUGCGCUCGCCUUUGUCGACCACCCACAGAUCUAGUUCCGUUAAUGGUACCUUGGAUCCUCGUGGUGUCACGUUCUUUAUCAUCCAGGGCCUCGCAAACCUCAGUGAGAAAAAGAUGAUCCUUUUUGCCAUUCUGUUACUGAUUUACAUCGUCAUCCUGGGAGGAAACAGCAUGAUCAUCUUUGUGACACUGACUGAUCCAAAGCUCACCUCUCCACUGUACUUCUUCCUCUGCAACCUCUCCUUCGUGGACACGGUCUACACCACAACCACCAUCCCCAACAUGCUGUCUGGCUUCCUGACAAAUAUCUUAACCAUCUCUGUCCCAGGCUGCUUCCUCCAGAUGUAUUUCUUCAUUCAGCUAUCUGUUACCGGCCGUGCCAUUCUCACCGUCAUGGCAUACGACCGCUACAUGGCCAUCUGCAACCCUCUGCACUACAACGCCAUCAUGACCCGGCCCAUCCAGCUGCUUCUUGUUGCAGGAGCCUGGGGAUUUGGUGCAGUUUGCACACUUCCUGCCGCUCUGAUGGCCGUUUGGAGGCCUUACUGUGGCCCGAACGUGGUGAAACACGGCUGGUGUGACCUUUCCUCUGUAAGGCGGCUCGUAUGUGGCGACACCUCUCUGGAUGACAUUUUGUCUCUCUCUUUUGCAAUGGUGGCGCUGCUGACCACAGGCAUCCUCAUCCUCUCCUCCUACGUAAUGAUUGGUGUUUCCGUAUCCAGAAUGAGUGUCGCUCAGAGGCUGAAGGCGUUCGGGACAUGUGCCGCCCACUUGAUUGUGGUGUCCAUCUCUUAUACUGCAGCCUCAUUUGUUUACAUUUCCUACCGAGUGGGAAACUUCUCACCAGAGGUACGACCUUUACUUUUUAGUGGCUCACAGACAGUACUGUGCAAACAUCUGGAGUGAACCCUCAUUUCUUUCUGUUUUGCUAGAAAAAUGGGAAAG